AUGCACUCGCUGGUGGCACGUGCGGCGGAGGCGAUCUCUGCUGCCAAGCGCCUGCUGUCCGUGGUCUCUGAAACGACUUGGAAGGAGCGAUGUGAAUUUCUUGCAGGCCUCCAAUCCACACCAGCAUCGAAGAAUUGGUGGUACCUGCAGCAGGUGGUGUGGCUUUACCUGUCCACCUUGGGCCUGCAUGCUGGAUGGUGUUGGUCGGCGAAUUGGAAGAGGGAUGGCGAGCACUCGGAUCUCACCGCUUGGCUAGGUGGGCUGAAGACCGUGGGCUUCGGCUGCUUUGAUUUGUUGGCCCUGUUGGCCCUCAAGGCCUCUCGCCACGCCUAUGCCUUGCCACGGGUUCAGGAAUUGCUGGGCCAAGUGGCGGCGGAGCACAGUGAGCUCAUGGCCAAGAAGUGCUGUUGCUGGGGCUUUCUGCAAGCUUUGGUGCAGGCUCUCUAUUGGAUCCUCUUCAUUCACUCCAUCUUGCACAAGAAUGAACGCGACAUGGUCCGAGUGCUGCGCACGGCCUCCGGUGCUUUAGGGCUGGUGCUUUGCACCCCGGGGCUUUGUUGCGCCUUCUUCCCAGUGCUCUUGGGCUUGUCGGAGGCUGAAAGCAGGCUGUCAGAUUUGGCGAAAGGCAUCGAGCAAGGUCGAGUGCCACUGGAUGAUGUCUUGAGCAAAUACGCCGGGCUUGCUCACCAUGUCAAUCGCCUGGCGAAGGAACUCUCCUCCACCGUGAUGUGGCUCCUGCUGGCCUUCCUAGCCUAUACACUGAUGCAGUGCUGCUCAGUGUGGCUUUGGAUUGACAAGGUGAGCCUAGCGCCCUGCUCGGUGUAUGUCACCUAUGCCUUGGCAGUGCUUUAUGGAUCCACCUUUGCAAUAGGCCAUGCCUUGUUUGGUGGGGUGGAGCAGCAACAGUCGGAGAUUCGCUCCGCCUUGGCCAGUCGCCUUGUGCAAAGCCCGCAAGAUGCGCAGACGGCCGUGCUGGCGUCGUUGUACAUAAAGGAGCAACCCAUCAAGUGGAAAGUCCCAUUGAGUCCAAAGUGGCCAAUGGCGGGGACCUUUGAACGUUUCCAGGGCGCUCUCUUGGUGGGAAGCUGUGCAGGGAAGGUCGGCUUGCAGCUGAUCGAAGCGGGGCUCCAGGUGCAAAACGAGCUGUCUGAAGCGACGAAGUCCAAGCUGAAAGACAAGUUUAAGAAGUUGUCGCCAGACACACUCCUGGCCCGCCCGGACUCGGAGAACGUGAAGCAAAAGCAGAGGUCCUGGCCGUCCUGGCUGCCGCGAUUGCCAAGACUACAGCUACCUUGGAGGCAACUUUCAUUGCCGAAGAACAUGAUGCAGGUGGUGCAGUCCGCCGGACCCAAGAUCAACGCCAAAGCGCAUCAGCAGUCAAGCCCUGCCUUGGCCUUCGUGCCUGCAGGCUCGUCGGCGAAGGCGACCACCGGAUGGGCGGAUGGCCGGAUGGGACGAGUUGACGAGUGGACGAGUCAGACCUCGGUCUCGGGGCGGUUCCAAGAGCAGUUGAGCGGUACCCGCAGGGUGGCGGUCAAUACAUCGCACCAGGGUGAGCCGGGAUGUGAAGCGGCCAUCGGCCGUGCGUUUCAGAGUCAGAGGAGGUACAGCAACCAGGCCUACCCGGUGUUCCAGGGCGGUCACGAGCCCAGGUUCCCGGGUGGCACGGGUUACGCCACUCCGUUCACCAACGCUGUGCAGUGCUCGGGGUCCAAUCCCGAACUGGCGGGUGAUUAUCAAGAGCUCUUCAAGUUCAUCAUCAUUGGAGAUGAGGCUGUUGGCAAGACCUGCUUGUUGCUGCAGUUCACAGACAAGAGGUAUCGCACAACCCAUCAGGUGACCGUUGGUGUGGAGUUUGGCUCCCGCACGGUCGAGGUGGCGGGGUGCCGCGUCAAGCUGCAAUGCUGGGAUACAGCCGGCCAGGACCGCUUUCGGUCCAUCAUCCGCAGCUACUAUCGCGGUGCGGCUGGAAUGCUCCUGGUCUACGACAUUAGUCAGCGGGAUAGCUUUGACCACAUCCUGCAAUGGUUGAAAGAAGCCAAAGACAAUGCGGACCCGGACCUUGUGAUCACGCUGAUUGGCAACAAGGCUGACAAGGUCUGGAUUUUGGAUUGCAUCAUCGUGGAAUUCCGGUUGAAAGGGAGCCUGGAGUGA